AUGUCUUCCAAACCUGCCCAGCCUGACACUCUUGCCUCUCAGCCUUGGCAGGCUGGUACCAAUCCCAACUACGAGCUCGACAACAGCCUCCUCGUGCAGUCGGUCGUGGCCUACUACUCUCCCUUGGGUGGAGACCACCAUACCUCUCGAGACUUUGAAUAUGGCACGAGGGUACCACAGUCUAGGUAUGGAGGUGAUGGGAAGGAGAGUGGAUUCAGGAGUGGUUCAGGCUGGCCGGGAAGUACCCACCCUUCUCAGCCAACCGACGUCAACCCAUUCUCGUCACCAGAAGAUCUUCCAGAGGACAAGCCCCCUUCCUAUACCACUCCCUCCACUAACGCCGAGCAUGAUGGUACCAGAACGAAUAUGGAAACACUCGACAUCGAGGAAGGCAGCCGGCGCGGCACUAGGACCGCCGAUGGCCGCAAGAGGGGCCGAGGUCCAAAGUUGUCGACAGUAGUCGCUGGGGGUAUCACCCUGGUGGUGACAGCCGGUCUCGGGGCCGGGACUGUUGCUAUCUAUGAAUCGAGAAAGGGGAGCAACCACAAUGAUACCGCCAGCAAUGGGGCAGGAAUGUAA